UAACUAAACUCAAGUUUAGUGAAAUUUAAUGAACUUUGCACUGAUUGGUCAAUUUUCAAUUCAAUCUCAAUUUCUAAUCCGUAGUCUGUUACGGGUUAAAUGCGAUCGUAGGGUCGUAUAGUUGCAGUUGUUCGACUUGGUGGUCCACUUCAGGCGACCACAAAUCCAGUCGCUGGUAUUGAAAGUCGACCAACUCGAACGACCGUGAUUUUACGAUUGCCAACGGUGCAUUGUAAAUCAAGCUCAAAAACCACCUAUCAACUACCUAUUCAGUGUAAAUCCUGCAUAACGGAAUCUGCCUUUAAAGACCAUAUGACGUGUGAAUACGCACGUGGUGAAGAUAAACAUGUUCUCCGGGAAGCGGGACGACGUGAAACAAGUACCGUGGUUUUCUCUAGCCGAGUGGUACGACGUCUAUAAGAAAAUUUAUUCCAACGAUACAGUCGAACAAACAAAAGCGUACGAAGCGCUUCUAGCAUGGAAAGGCAGAAUACCAAAGUUACCGGUGGGUGUAGACAGCACUCUUUCGAUCCUACAAGUCUGCCUACGUGAUCGCGAGUGGACGACCAAGAUCGACAACGGAGAAUUGCCAAUGUAUUGCGAGAACGAUUUAAGCUUAAUGUAUUCUACCACGAUAAUGAGAUUCUUAAAUCACGUAUCAACUAUAGGACACACGAAACAAGUAUCCCUAUUUAAAAUCGCUCAGCAAUUGAAAAUUCCUGAGUGGAUAGUCGGUCUGAGGCACAAUGCUGCUCACGGAUAUGAAUUAGCGCCUCUUGGUGUAUUAAGAAUAGCGAUUAACAUAUUGCUUGAAUGGUUACAUGAAGAAUAUUGGGCACCUGAAGCACUUGCAAUGGAACAACUUUGUACAAAAGAAGACGAUACAUUAGAAGUGGAGUCGGACAACACACAGGCCUUUAAAGAUCUAAUUGAGCUUUGGACAAGUGUUGGUUUAUACAUUCAUGCUGGUUAUCAAUUAGUAUCAGAUAUACCAGAUACUGAGUUACAGAUUACAUUACAAGAUUUACGGACAUAUGUAUUGUCCCAGCGUAACAGAAGCUUAGACGAUGACAAAGAUGAACACAUGCAAGUCGAUAAGAGAAAUAUUGAAAAUGAGAAAAAAUACGACUUGAAAGCUACCGUACAGGCUUUACUUUUAUCUGAGAUAUCUGCAUAUCUAUCCAAGAACUUGUCUGUACACAAGCAAGGUGACACAAUUUGUAAAGUGUUGUGCGAAAAUGGAACUUUCUUACCUAAUUCAGAUAUUAUGCAUAUCUUUUUGAGGAAAGGGAGACGAAAAAUUAGCUCUGGUAGAAAAUUUAUACCUACCAAUAUGCUACAGUUUUGGAAAGAUAUUAUUAUCUUACUGCACAAGAACAAUUUAUUGAAGGCGUUGAUAUUUAAGCUGCUCAAUAUCUUAGAUGAAGAACAUGAAAUUAAGGAAAGAAAAAUAUUCGCUGCUUUGUGGAUAAAUACUAUUGUCUAUAGUUUUAUUCAACUCGACAUUGCUCAAAAUGUCUGUCGCACAAUGGAAUAUAAUUUAGACGAAUCGGGCAAGCAAUUAUCUACCAAGGUUUUAAUUCAGCGUGUCAUGAUAUAUGUACACGGUAAAUAUUCGUAUUUACAAAAUGUUUUGUGGAUAGAUGUAUCGAGCACCAUACCAUGCUUUCUUUUCGAUAUAAACUUCGUGUCGAAGUUUUUAUUGCGUGCAAACGAAUUCUCUGCGGAAGUGAUACAAUCACUUCUGAAGUUUGUUAAACCGAAAAUAGAUGCGAAUACAGAAAAACACCUGUUAAACUUACUCGAAAUCUACAUAUUUAAAAAAUGUGACGAUGAUAAUAAUCAGAAUAUUGGCGAGAAAAUAUACACUGUUGACGAUCUCCGUGUAAAUUCAGUAGAAAAUGAAGUGCCGGAGGAGGAACGUAGCGAAAAGAAAACUUGUUUGUUAGCGGAUCAAGUGAUUCGCAAUUUGCAGUGGAGACCAGCACUCGAUACUUAUCAGUGGGAUAGAUAUCCUAUUGGCUUAUUGCCAUGGCAAGAUUCGUUGGGAAGUUUAGAACCACUCAAGCCGAAAUUACCAAAACAUUCAGCUUCAGUUCUGGAAUCGCAAAUAGUUCCUGGUAUUGUAAACACUAAGAAUUUAAAGAUGGAAAGUCGUAUCAAUUGGGAUAACGUAUUGCGAAAAAAGAAGGAGAAGAGGAAACGUGACGAGGAUGAUAACACUGACGUUAUAAUGAACAGAGCAUUAGAAGUUGUAAAGAGGCACAAGUGAAUCCAGUUUGCACCGUAUUAAGAAUGUUGUUUAUCAAAAAUUACACCAUAUAACAAAUAAAUUACAUGUAUUUCUAAUAAAAUUUGUUAGAACAACUCAAUUUUAUCGUGGAGUAUUUACCUUUUAAGCGGUAUAUAUCUCUCUCUGUUUAAUGCUAGACAUAAAAAAAUAUAUAUAGAUAAUAUUACAGAAAUGAGGAAAAGUAUACAUUUCUCCCACUAUGCAUUCGAAAGAAUAUCUACACAAGUAUACCGCUAUCGUAAUUAUUACACAGCAACCACAUCCAAGUAUAAAUAAUUCAUUCGCCUAUUUCUCCCUUAUAUGCUUCUCACAUGUAUAAACAUUAUAACAAAUGUUACAUGUACAACUGUAUCUGUUAUAAAAGUGUCAAGUUUAUCCAAUAUCACAACAUACAAGCAUCGUUGCUUUGAAAUACGUUUGAAAAGAGAAGAGGCCGUUAGUUUUUUUUUCAUGUUAAAAUUUUAGAACUCGAUAAGAUACGUGCAUUUUACACUAUACAGAUAAAUAUAUGCAUUUUCCACUAUAGUAUGUACAACAUUAGAUCACGCACAUACAAAUAAUAAUUUGUCAUCGCGUUUAGGGACGGGACUAAAGUCAAUGAACCAUAUUCGUGGAUUACAAUGAAAUUAAUAACUGGACAUUAUUUCAUUGAUAUUGCCCAGUACUUGUAAAAGUUAUGAAAUCGUUUUGCGUACGUAUAUAAAGUACUUGAUUAUGUCCUAGAUCAUCGUCGUUACCGUAUAUAUCUGUAUAUAUUAUUUAAAACCGUAUUUUAUCCCAUCCCAUUAACUAUCGCAAUUAUUUAUUAUAACAUGCUUUAGAAGUGCACAUAAUGCAUCUGUUUACUUCUUUGGUUCAGCAAAACAGUAUGUUCUUAAAAAAAAAA